AUGGAAACAAGAAUACUUGUUGUGAAUCCUAAUAGUUCGAAGUCGAUGACGGUUUCCUUGCAGGAAACCAUUGAAAAGACUUUCUCAGAAAAAUCAUAUAAAAUCAGUUACUUUACAGGACCAGAUGCUUCGCCACCACAAAUUGAUGGUCAGGAAACAAGUAUUAAAAGUAUGGAGGCCUGUCUUCCCCUCUUGGUUGAUGACCACAAAUCGGUAUAUUACUAUAAGAAGUUCGAUGGGAUACUGAUUGCCUGUUUCUCCGACCAUCCUCUGGUGGCAAAGAUAAAGAAUAGAUCCGCUAAAGAAAAGGGCAACGUUUCUGUUGUUGGGUUGUUAGACAGUAGUAUCCAUUACUGCGAUUUGAUUGGAAGGAAGUUUUCUAUUGUCACUUCAAAUAAAGAAUGGGUCCCCAUAUUGAAUAACUCUGUGGAAUCGAAAUUCUUGACAGGGAACACAAUUAACAAAAAUCUAUGGAAAGGUACAGUAUCUACUGAUUUACAGGUCCUCGACUUACAUAGCCCGGAAAAUUUUCAGCAGAUAGCAGAUAUCAUAUAUGAGGAAAAUAUUAGAAAGCUUGAUUCAGAGAUUGUAAUAUUAGGUUGUGCAGGAUUCUCGGGAUUGCAAAAUAAACUGGCAAAGACGUUUGAAAAGGAUGGCACACUGUUCUUAGAUACGAUUGAGAUCGGCUUAGAGAUUUUGAUCACUAUGAUAAAAUUUAUUAACUCACAAAAAUAG